AUGGAGCUGUUUAUGAACCUCCGUCGCUCAUUGGUGGACGACAUUGUCACGACCAAAGCGCGACCAGUCAUUGGCUGGUACGGCUUUCCAUCGCGACCAAUAGCGAAGCCCGCUUUUUACAAACUGCUGCGAGUCCAGGAAGUUGACAGGCCACUGCGGAGUGAAAGGACACAACAAGGGAUCUUUAAAAACCUCCACAAAACGCUCGGAAGCACCAAACAUUUUGGAGUUUGUUGUGUCAGAAUUACUUUAUCGAAAGCACAGAAUUACUUUUCACACCCUGCUGUCAUGAUGAACUCCUCUUCAGUCCUCCGUCAGCAAAGUCCGAACAAAAUCCGCAGUGACUUCAUGAGAACCAAGAAUGAAAAUAACAAGAUGCCAGUGCACCCAAAGCCAUCCAAACUCCUCUCCACACGUCACCUUUCCGACCAGAAUAUUGAGAACCGAGAACCUGGAAAUGCAGAAACGGGUCGGAAGGCCCCUGUGCGUCCAGCUGUGAGCAGGCUCCCGGUGCUCGCAAAGUCUCUCCGUCUCCAGACUCCAUCUGACUUUGGUCAAUCUCACUGUCGGUGGGAGGAGAAACCUCUGGCUGGCAAAACUAAGAAGAAAAAGCCAUGCACCAGGCCUGUACCUUUCAACUUCUCUCAGCCCAAGAGCUCAAGAAUGGCCACUGAAAAUCAGCCGCCCAUUGAUGCUCAAUCAAGGACUGGAGCUCACGCUGUCCGACCUGAUAAUUUAAAAAACAAAAACGUGAAUGCACAACCUACUAAACAUGCAGCUCCGUUUAACUGCAAUAUGGACUCCACUAAAGCUGCAGCGAUGUCUAAUGGAAAGGCAACAGAAAACACAUCUCAGCAAUCAGGACAGUCUGCACCGUCCAGCACAUUUAAGACUUCAGUCACUUUCUCCAACCCUUUAUCAUCCAUUCCUAAUAAAGACAUGUGUCAGAGCAGUGCUGCUGUCAUUGCAGAGGCCUGUUUGGAUAACAUGAGCCUGCUCACUCUCAAAGAUCCAGCCAAGCCAUCCCAAGCAAGCCAGAACAUGCAGCUGACCACGCAGCAGGACAACAACUCUAAAAGCUCAAGUGACAAAGCAGAGAGCUUCCAGUCGGAUCAUGCGGCUUUGCUCAGUAUCCUCCGGAACGAAGGAGUCGGUGCCACAGGUCUGGGAUCUGCAACUCCACACUCUAAAGCCUAUAACUAUCUGCCCCAGAGAGUGUCUGUGAUGAAGAGCCGACAAAAAACUGGAGCCGCUGCAGGAUCAGUGAAGUCGGUGCAGUUCUCCCCGGACACUGCGGCGAUGCAAAGCAUCCUGCAGAACGAGGGCGUGAAGGGUGGAGGGCCUGUGUGCGCCACACCCCGAAACUCCAUCUGUCCAUCAGGCAGAGGCACUUCUAUCUACACAGCUCAGAGAGUGCCGCUGAGAAAGAAUCACGCCGGAGGAGCAGCAGCAGUCGCACUCAAAGAGACUCCGCUGAAGAAAUGGACUCCGCAGAGGGUCCGCGACACCCGGCAUCAGCCCAUGUCCGCCAUGAAAUGCUAUCGGUCAGCACAACAGUCACCGUACGGCGCCACACCUGGACUGUGGAGCUGCAAAACCAACAUUCAGCCGCAGCAGGAGGAGAUUGUCCAGAGAUUAUUUGAUGAUCAAGAAGAUGAUGAGAGCACAAACGUGACAGAGAAACAUCCUGAGACACGAGCAGAGCAGCUCCCGGUUCAUGUCACAGCUACUCAGUCCCACUGUGAAGAGAAGGUGGAGGUGAGCAGAGUCAGCGAAGACGAUGAGGAGGAAGAGAAGGAGCAGAGGGUCGGUGGAGGACAGCCGUUCCUCCAGGCAGCACAAAGAGAGUCCGUCAUUUUCUUUUCAACGGGGAAAACGUUGUUAAGAGCUCCACGCUUUGAGAAGCAGGAGAGCUCAGCACGUCAGGAGCAGCCAGGACAUGAAGAGGUGUCGUCUGUGUCAGUGUGUCCGGUCAAACCUGUUCACAGUCUGCACAGAGACCUCAUCGUUCAGAAGUCUUGUGCUCUGAGUCCUGCGGCUGCGCUGCUGCGGAAGCGCCUUCCUCCUCUGGAGGAGUUCCUGCUGGACGAGGAGGUGGCGUCCUACACCUCAGUGUCCAUCCUGGCUGCUCCCGGGUUCCUCCCCCCGCGGCCCCGCUGUGGGAACCCGCUGGCCUCCAUGCUGCACUUUGAGGAGUCCUCUAGAUUUGUUCCGAUUGGUUUCGACCUCUCACCCGGCUCUUCUCCACAGCAGGAGAGAUGACUUUGCACUACAAAUCCAGUAUUUGUGUUACUGUGGACAUCCAGAGGGGAGACGUUCACUCUGUUGUACUGAUGAGACUUUUUUCAUGGAACUGAUUUUGUUUGUCCGACACUGUUGCUGCCAGUCUUAACACCAGUCCAAAGAACGCUGCUCGUAUGAUUGUUUUAGAAACCUUAUUGUGUUAUUAAUGCUCUCAGUUGAUGCUUUUUAAAAAUAAAUUAAUAAAGGUUAUUUCUGUCAAAUAAUGCAUCUUUUAAACUAGAGGCACUGUAGACAUUGUAGAUGCCUGGUAAAAAAAUUGGAUUAAAUGGAAGAAUAAAUGUUUUUAAAGGUCAAUGAAGACUGUGGACCUGAUCAGUGUUACAGCUUUAGCUAACUUCUAGAUUAGGAGCACAACAAAACACUUCUUGUGUAAACUGAAUAUUUUUCAUGUAUAGUGUUUAUAAUAAAUGUAUAUUUUACUGUC